ACCUUGAAACGUCAAAGUGUGUCACCUUGGCGAGUACAGACACACAGUGAGUAGAGUUCUUCCAAAUUAAAUUUCGCAAAAUUUGAGAAAAAUUGCAAGAGUUUUUCAUUAAAAUAAAAACUCCAGCAGUUGGGUGCGUACACAUAUAUCCAGUUACUGUCAUAACUGAAAAAUCUCUUGCGAUCAGUACGCAACAAACAUUUGCUUUGUUUGUUGGUAGCGAGCAGUGUGAGAAGUGUGUGUUAAAUACUCAAUACGUUAUAACGGAGUCUUGUUUAAAAUAUUUUAAAUCUAUUUAUUCAUUAUUAAGCAUUAUUGCUAUUACUGUAUAAAAGUGUAGAAAGUGCUUUAUAAAAAUGCCGACUGAAUUGAAGCAACGUUUUAUUGAGCGCGGGUCUCAUAAGGACAAAGGACUUGCCGUUUUCACCAGUGGUGGUGAUUCACAGGGUAUGAAUGCCGCCGUACGUGCCUGUGUACGUAUGGCCAUUUAUCUAGGAUGCAAGGCUUACUUCAUACGAGAAGGUUAUCAAGGCAUGGUCGAUGGUGGAGACAAUAUUGUUGAAGCUAAUUGGGCAUCCGUGUCUUCAAUUAUUCAUCGUGGUGGUACUGUUAUUGGUUCUGCACGUUGUGCCGAUUUCCGUGAACGUGCUGGCCGUCUAAAGGCAGCUUGCAAUCUUAUUCAAAGAGGAAUUUCCAAUUUAGUUGUGAUUGGUGGUGAUGGCUCACUUACUGGUGCUAAUCUGUUUCGUCAGGAAUGGUCCUCUUUGUUAGAUGAACUUCUACAAACGGGAAAAAUAACUCAAGAGCAAAGGCACAAAUUCGAUGUUUUGCAUAUUGUUGGCAUGGUUGGUUCAAUCGAUAAUGAUUUUUGUGGUACUGAUAUGACUAUUGGUACUGAUUCAGCUUUGCAUCGUAUUAUUGAAGCUAUUGAUGCUAUUGUUAGUACUGCUUAUUCUCAUCAACGUACAUUUAUUAUGGAAGUGAUGGGUCGUCAUUGUGGUUACUUGCCUGUAGUCACCGGUAUCGUUUCCGAAGCUGACUAUGUAUUUUGCCCUGAAGCACCUCCACCACUCGAUUGGCCAGAAAAGCUAUGCAAUAAAUUAAUACAGGAGCGUAAUGCAGGUCAACGCUUAAAUAUUAUUAUCGUCGCUGAAGGUGCUAUCGAUCGUGAAGGUAAACCUAUUACAGCUGAAGAUGUGAAGAAAGUUGUGGUGGAUAGAUUACAACAAGAUACUCGUAUCACUGUUUUGGGUCAUGUACAACGUGGUGGUAACCCUAGCGCAUUUGAUCGUGUUUUGGGUUGUCGUAUGGGUGCUGAAGCUACUUUAGCGCUUAUGGAAGCCACACCUGAUACUGUACCAGUUGUCGUUUCGUUGGAUGGUAAUCAAGCUGUACGUGUACCACUAAUGGAGUGUGUUGAACGUACAAAAGCUGUUGCUGCAGCCAUGGCUGAAAAGAAUUGGGAAUUGGCUGUAAAAUUGCGUGGCCGCUCUUUUGAACGUAAUUUGGAAACUUACAAAAUGUUGACUCGUUUGAAGCCACCAAAGGAAUCAUUUGAUGCUGAAGGUAGAGGAGUGGAAGGUUAUCGUCUUGCCGUUAUGCAUAUUGGUGCUCCAGCAUGUGGUAUGAAUGCUGCUGUACGUAGUUUUGUGCGUAAUUGCAUUUAUCGUGGUGACACAGUAUUUGGCAUACAUGAUGGCAUUGAAGGUUUAAUUGCUGGCAAUAUUAAAGAAAUGGGCUGGUCCGAUGUAACUGGUUGGGUAGGACAAGGUGGUGCUUUUCUUGGUACGAAACGUACACUCCCAGAAGGCAAAUUUAAGCAAAUUGCUGCUCGUCUUAAAGAAUUUAGAAUUCAGGGUUUGCUUGUUAUUGGUGGCUUUGAAUCAUAUCAUGCACUUGGACAAAUUUCUGAUCAACGUGCCAAUUAUCCAGAGUUUUGUAUACCAUUAGUUGUUAUACCAUCAACAAUUUCGAAUAAUGUUCCUGGCACUGAGUUCUCACUUGGUUGUGAUACUGGCUUAAAUGAAAUCACUGAAAUUUGUGAUCGUAUACGUCAAUCUGCACAGGGUACUAAACGUCGCGUUUUUGUUAUUGAAACUAUGGGUGGCUAUUGUGGUUACUUGGCAACAUUAGCUGGUUUGGCUGGUGGUGCUGAUGCUGCCUAUAUUUAUGAAGAGAAGUUCUCUAUUAAAGAUUUGCAGCAGGAUGUUUAUCAUAUGGCCUCAAAAAUGGCAGAAGGUGUACAACGUGGUCUUAUCUUGCGCAAUGAGAAAGCAUCUGAGAAUUAUAACACCGAUUUUAUACACCGCUUAUAUUCAGAAGAGGGCAAAGGAUUAUUCUCUUGCCGUAUGAAUAUUUUAGGUCAUAUGCAACAAGGUGGCUCACCAACACCAUUUGAUCGUAAUAUGGGCACAAAAAUGGCAGCUAAAUGUGUUGAUUGGAUAAUUGAUCAAUUCAAAAAGAAUACUAGACCUGAUGGUACAAUUAAAUGUGAAACUAACGAUUCUGCUUGCCUGCUCGGUAUUGUACGUCGUCAAUAUAGAUUCACUCCAUUGGCAGAUUUAAUUGCUGAAACUAAUUUCGAGCAACGUAUUCCUAAAGCACAAUGGUGGCUUAAAUUACGUCCUCUCUUAAGAAUCUUAGCUAAGCAUGAUUCUGCAUACGAGGAAGAGGGUAUGUACAUCACUGUCGAAGAAGAAUGUGCUACAGAUGCUGUUGCUUAAGCAAUAAAGAAAGCUAUUGGCAUCCCAAAGAGGCAAUAUAUGCCAGUUUUAUCAACAAGGACAGUUAUAAUAAACAAAAAAAAAACAUUUAUCACAGCACAUCUGAUGAGUUUUUACGUUUUCAGCAUUCGAAUUAGAUAUCUAACAUAUAGAGUUGAAAUAACUUUUAACUCGACUAUAUUCUAAUUUUAAGUUAAAAGAAUUCAUGCAAUUCAACAAAUAACAACUAAAACAAAAAUAAAAAAUAUUUUAAUUGUUAUAAAUUCAUUUCAUAACUCUUUAACUGCACAAUAAUGUAUUUUAGUUUAAUUUUAUUUAUUUUUAUUUAGAUUUAUUUUAAAUUUUAAGUUAUAUUUAUGUUUCCUACAUAUAUAUUUAUUUCUAUGAUAUAAUGCGAGAUAGAAUUGUUUUCGAAAUUAAAUAUUUUUAACGUAGAUAUAUUAGCAAAUAUAUUUUAAAUUUUACAUUUAAAGCAAAGCUUCAGUUACUAUUUAUUCGUGCUAUAUAAAGUAUUGACUUUUGUUGUUGAAAUUGUUGUAAUUGUUAAAACAAAAAAAAAAAAAAAAGAAAUGUGCAAAAAUAUUAAUUGGAUAUUAAAAAUAAUAAAAUCUGAAUUUGUGGAUUUCACAGAAUAUUAUAGUAUUUGUUAAGUUUAACCAUCUAUUAUCGAUAUGGUUAAUUAUAAAAGUUCUAAUGCCCAAAAUAUAAUAUCACAGAGAAGUAUUUAAAAUUAUUUAUGUAAUAAACUAUAACAAAUUUGUUGCAUGAAA